AGGCAACCAUGUAUAAAGAGCAACAAUCUUAACCUCACUCUCUCCUUGCCACCUUUCUCCUACUCCAUACACCGUCGCCGCCUCUGCCUUUUGUUCCUUUCUUUAUAUAUAUUAGAGUAACGCGACUAGGGAGACACACUUGAACCUGGACACAAAGGUUGACAUUAUGCCUAAUCCGAGAAACAAGCAAAAGCUUCCCCAAGAUGCUUCUUCAGAUGUUUUCCUAGGUCCUCAAAGUCAAUCGACGGUCCAUGAUGACACUGAAAAGUAUAUUUCUGUAGAUUUGGAUGACAUACGCAAGGAUGUUGAAUGCCCAAUCUGCUUAGGCAUCAUCCGAAACACAAGAGUUGUAAUGGAAUGCAUGCAUCGCUUCUGCAGAGACUGCAUAGAGAAAUCCUUUCGCCUUGGUAACAAUGAAUGUCCUGCUUGUCGUACUCAUUGUUCAAGUCGAAGGUCACUAAGGGAAGACCCCAACUUUGAUAACUUGAUUGGUUUGCUCUAUUCCAACAUUGACAAAUAUGAGGAGGAGGAGUUAAAUCUUUCCGAGGACACAAAGAAAAGUAUGCAGAGGAUGCAAAAAGCCUAUGCCAAGACUUAUGAACGACAGAGCAUUGCACUGGGAAAGAAGCCUGCUGCUGCAACUUCUACAAAGAGAUCAAAAGCUAAAUUCUUAAGAAGUUCAUCAAGUCGACCAACAAGAAGAAGUCCCAGAAACAUUGCUGCUGCAUUUGCCGGAUCGAGUUCGAGCCGGGAAAGGGCCUUGCCUCCUAUUGCUGAAGAGGAAGAAAUAGAAGAGGUACCCGACACUGACAUAAGUGAGUCAGAGAUAGAGGCACAGACUCCUCAACAUGUCCCUGCUGCAACAAAAACUGUCCAUGGAACAAAUGAAGCAGUUAAAGAUAUCAUUAGCUCUGCUGAUAAACUUGUGUGGGGAAAGAGUGCUCAAAGGAGUAAUAAUCGAAGCAAUUCUAGGAAUGUUGCUGCCUUGAGAAGCAAUCGCAUAGCGCGAUUCAUUGAUCAUCUUAAGGUGUCUCAAGAAAAUGAUGAUGAGUUGGACAUAUUUAUCAAGCUUGUCUCUUUUGAGGAGAAAAGAGUGCCAAAUUUGCCAAGGCCAUACCUUAGCUGCAGGCCUACCCUGUCAAUCAAGCAACUGUGCCAGUAUGUUGCCCUUGAAACCUCACUACAAACUGAAGAAAUUGAGUUGUACUUGGUGAAAGAGUGUCAACCUGACAUUAUAAGUGGUGAUGGCAAACUAGAUGAAGACAACAAUAAGUUUGAAUUUCUAGCUGAAGAGGAAGUAACAAUGGCUCAACUCAAAACUAAUAAUCUCAGCUUUGGCCAUCUGGUCAUAGCUUAUAAGAGGAAGAGGUGGAACUUAAAUGAAGGGUUGUUUUUGGGCUGAAUGAUGAGUUGUUACCUCAACUAUCAUUUGGUGAGAGCAUGCAUAAAAUACAAUCGAACAAUGAAAACUCUCAAUUAUGUUAUUUAUCUUUCUCUUUCAAGAAGCACAGAGCAAGACACCUGACAUGAAACUCUUUAGAAUACUUUUGGGUUAUUUUGAGAAAUUGUGUGUAUCAAUCCUUCACUGUCUCCGUGAACAUGAAGGCUUUACUUUGUUAGAAGUUGCAAUUGGUAUUGUCUGAUUUUGAUUUAGACUUUGUUGGAUAGUACAAUUGAACAGCAUAGACUUUAACCAAAAUGGGAGUAGCUUUUAAUGGAAA